AAACGAGGCAAAAACAUGGCAUCUAGAUGCAACAUUCUGGUCCGAGGAAGACAGACACUACUUAUAUUCAUUAUCGAUGCCAACCACAGGUUGUCUAGUUCAAAGCAACGGAAACACUGUGUAACUACCCAUCAAGAUGUUACCAGACUUAUUUAAGAUUUUCUGUAUUUCUUUAUUUGCAACAGUUAGUAAAGCAUCAGUUUUAGAGAAGAACAACUUUGUGCUUACAGAUAAAAAUUGGACAGCUAUGCUGCAGGAUGAAUGGCUUGUGAAAUUCUAUGCGCCAUGGUGUCCUGCUUGUAGAAGCUUAGAGUCAACAUGGGACUUGCUAGUUGAUUGGUCAAAAGAUAGAGGAUUGAAGUUUGGUGGGGUCGAUGUUACAACAGAAUCUGGUUUAAGUGGAAGAUUUGUUAUCACGUCAUUGCCAACUUUAUACCAUGUAAAAGAUGGACAAUUCAGGCAAUAUGUUGGAUCAAGAGCCCUUGAAGAAUUCCAAGAAUUCAUCACCAAAGAGAAGUGGAAAGACAUUGAACCAGUUUCUGAGUGGAAAUCUCCUAACUCUUUUAUCAUGUCAGCCAUUAGUAGAUUAUUUGGUAUGUCAAUGGAGCUGAAGAACUUACAUACGUCAAUUACAGAAACAUACGGGAUACCUGUAUGGGCGUCCUUUGUUUUGUUCGGUAUAUUUGUUGUUGCACUUGGCCUUAUUCUUGGCUUGGUUAUGGUACUUGUGAGUGAUUAUUUAUUUGGUCCUCCAUGCCCACCGUCCUAUCCAAACAUGGACGACGCUGGAAUAUCUGCCUCAGCGAAGGAAAGCCUUGCCGAAAUGCAAGAUGACAGUAUUGGAGAAGAAGACCUUGAUUCUGAUAGAGAGGCUUCCGAACCCACUGAGGCCAAAGAGGAGGGGUCGCCUGAAAGCAAUGUGCGACAAAGGAAGAUAUUAUCAGGCGAUGAGUAAACCAACAACGAGGCACUCAGCACCCAAGUUCCGAAAGUCAGGAAUAUUUUCAUCAAAGAAAUAACGAUUCAAGCUGAAGAGAGAUUUAUUAUUUAAAGUAUACUUUGUGGAACUAUUUGUCUACAGCUUAACAUGAAUACUAGCUAACAUUUCUAUUGAAAAGUAUUCAAAGGUGUAUCACUGUCUAUGAUUUGCA